AGGACGGCGCUGCGUGGAGGUGGGAGGAGGAGAGGCAGGACUCGUGAUGGAGCUGUUGAGGAUGCUCGGUGACCCCCCCCCUGCUCAGGUGAGCCCUUGGCUCCGCGUCAGUGCUCACCAUGCUGCGUCAGACUGAGCCGAGCUCCAGCACCCUGCAGCUGGUAGCUAACGACAUGACCGGCAUCAUGGAGAAGCUGGACACCCGGGAACUGGACCUGGGCGACGGCGAGUACGACACCACGGACGCCGGCCCACCAGCUGAGCGGCUGGCCUUCACUGCCAUCUACAACACCGUGGGGUUCAAGGAGGCUGAGGCCAAGGUCUUCCUGUCCUCCCCCAUCACCGCCAAGAUCCUGGAGGUGGAGCGGUUCACCUCGGCUCAGGACCGCUUCAACGUCACCACGCAGAGGAGCGUCAACAAGUCCAUGCCGGCCAUGUACAAGAUCGAGCUGAGGCACGGCGAGUUCACGUGGCUGGUGAAGAAGAAGGAGAAGCACUUCAUGGAGCUGCACCGGGAGCUGAGGACCUACAAGACCUUCAUGAGGCUGCCGCUGCCGUCGCGCAGUCACACGGUGAAGAGGAAGACGGUGACCAGCGAGUCCAGGGACAUGCCCACCCUCCCCAGAGGAGGGGGGGAGGAGCUGGGGAGGGAAGACCAGGUCUCCAGUCGAAGGAAACAACUGGAAGAUUACUUGAACAAGCUGCUCAGGACGCCAAUGUACCGGAACUACCACGCUACGAUGGAGUUCAUUGACGUCAGUCAGAUGUCCUUCAUCCACGACCUCGGACCAAAGGGCUUAGAAGGGAUGGUGCUGAAGCGGUCCGGGGGCCACCGGAUCCCCGGAAUGAACUGCUGCGGUCGCAGCAAAAUGUGCUACCGCUGGUCCAAACGCUGGCUGGUGGUGAAGGACUCGUUCCUGCUGUACAUGAAGCCGGACUCCGGCGCCAUCUCCUUCGUGAUGCUGUUUGAUAAAGAGUUCAGCAUCAAGAUGGAUUCCAAACACACGGAGACCAGACACGGAGUCCGUAUCGACAGUCUGAACAGGUCUCUGGUGCUGAAGUGCAGCAGCUACAGACACGCCCGCUGGUGGGGUCAGGCCAUCGAGGGCUUCGUGCAGAAACACGGCGCCGCCUUCCUGAAGGACCACCGCUUCGGCUCCUUCGCCAGGGAGGAGGUCAACAUCCCCGCCAAAUGGUAUGUAAAUGGGAAGACGUACAUGGAGGACCUCGCCGACGCCCUGGAGGAGGCCAGGGAGGAAAUCUUCAUCACCGACUGGUGGCUGAGUCCGGAGAUCUUCCUGAAACGGCCGGUCGUCGAGGGCAACCGCUGGCGGCUGGACUGCAUCCUGAAGCGGAAAGCGCAACAGGGCGUGCGCGUGUUCGUGAUGCUGUACAAGGAGGUGGAGCUGGCGCUGGGCAUCAACUCCGGCUACAGCAAGCGGACGCUGCUGAAGCUGCACCCCAACAUCAAGGUGAUGCGGCACCCGGACCACGUGUCCUCCGCCGUCUACCUGUGGGCGCACCACGAGAAGCUGGUGGUGGUGGACCAGGCGGUGGCCUUCGUGGGCGGCAUCGACCUGGCCUACGGCCGCUGGGACGACCGCGAGCACCGGCUCACCGACGUCGGGAGCGUCACGCUCUCCAGCACGCUGCAGGCUGAGACGGCGUCUCCUGCAGCGGCAGUGCGGGUCGCCCCGGGCAACAGCAGCAACGGCAGGGGCGGCGUCGCCCCGGGCAACGGCAGCAACGGCAGGGGCGGCAUCUUUACGGUGGAGGACUCGGGGGACCAGCCCAGGCUCAAGGGUCAGGGCAGGAUGAGGAGGACGCGGCUCAGCAUCCGGAGACACCUGCAGAAGCACGGCCUCGCCCACGCCGACAGCGACAGCGACGCCGACGACGACCCCAAGAGCGGUUCCCUGCGGAGUCUGAACACGGGCGUCGGGGAGCUGUUUGGGAACACCCGGUUCUGGCACGGGAAGGACUACUGCAACUUUGUGCACAAGGACUGGAUCCAGCUGGACAAGCCGUUCGACGACUUCAUCGACCGGCACACGACUCCCAGAAUGCCCUGGCACGACAUCGCCUCGGUGGUUCAUGGGAAAGCAGCUCGGGACGUGGCCAGACACUUCAUCCAGCGCUGGAACUUCACCAAGCUGGUGAAGCCGAAGUACCGGAUCAAGUACCCGUGUCUGCUGCCCAAGUCCCACACCACGGCGGGGGAGCAGCGGUACCAGGUCCCCAACUGCAUCCCCACCAAGGUCCAGAUCCUUCGCUCGGCCUCCGACUGGUCGGCCGGCAUCAAGUACCACGAGGAGUCCAUCCACAACGCCUACGUCCACGCCAUCCAGAGCAGCCAGCACUUCCUCUACAUCGAGAACCAGUUCUUCAUCAGUUGUGCCGACAACAGACACGUUUUCAACAAGAUCGGAGACGCCAUUGCGGAGCGCAUCAUCCGGGCGUACAGGGAGGGUAAGAAGUACCGCGUGUACGUGGUGACGCCUCUGCUGCCGGGGUUCGAGGGAGACAUCAACACGGGCGGGGGCAGCGCCAUCCAGGCCGUCAUGCACUUCAACUACAGGACCAUGAACCGAGGAGACCACGCCAUCAUCUCCCAGCUCAAGAGAGAGAUGGGAGACCAGUGGAUGAACUUCAUCUCCAUCGCCGGUCUGAGAACACACACGGAGCUGGAGGGGAAGCUGGUCACCGAGCUCAUCUACGUCCACAGCAAGAUGCUCAUCGCCGACGACAACACCGUCAUCAUCGGCUCGGCCAACAUCAACGACCGCAGCAUGCUGGGGAAGCGGGACAGCGAGGUGGCGGUGAUGGUGGAGGACUCGGAGACGGUGGCGUCGGUGAUGGACGGCCAGCCGUACCAGGCGGGGAGAUUCGCCCUGCAGCUGCGGCUGGAGUGCUUCAGGAUGAUCCUCGGCGCGAACACCGACCCCUCCAUCGACGUCUCGGACCCCGUCAGUGAGCAGUUCUACAAGGAGGUGUGGAUGGCCACGUGCGCCCGCAACGCCACCAUCUACCAGAGGGUCUUCCGCUCUCUGCCGUCCAGCGACGUCCGCAACAUCCUGGAGCUGGACGGCUACCUGGCCAAGCCGGGCCUGGACAAGGACGACCCGGCCCGCGCCCACGAGGAGCUGAGGAAGAUCCGCGGCUUCCUGGUUCAGUUCCCGCUCCAGUUCUUGUGCGAACAGAACCUGCUGCCUCCCAUCGGCUCCAAGGAGGCCAUGGUGCCCAUGGAGGUCUGGACCUGAGGCGGCGUCGCCCCGCGGCCCGGCGCGGCCCACACUCGUCUGUUUCCUCGUUUUAUUUCAUUAUCUUUACUCCUGAGAAUCAUGGGAAUGUUUACCGAUGGGGUCGGGGGUCGAAGGUCAUGAAGGAUACAGCCUACGGAAGGCCACGAAUGACAAAAGAGGGGAUAAAAUGAAGAUUAGCUCCUUUAUAAAACUAUUGGUUUAUUUAAAACGUUUAUUUUAGUAUUUCAACAUUCAUCUAAAUGUUUACGCAUUAAUGGAUCAAUGUGUUUAUAUGUUCUCUACGGUAAGAACGAGGUUUAAAGUAGAAUCACCUGGGAGCGACUUAAGACCAGGGAUCUUCACUUGAUCAGAAUCGUUAGAAACACCAAGAUCAAUAAAAGUAACUUCAGGAAUUCAGACAAAAAGAAAUCAGUGCUUAAAAACCUGAUUAAUUAAAAAUGGAUAAAUCAGACACAACGAUCCACUUUUUUUGGUUCCAAUCAGAUUGAAUAUUUGCGACAGACGUGAAUAAAUUAAAUCAAAAAGAGGAACUUGUACAUCAUCCAACCAUUUAAAUAAUUUAAAGCAACAGUUUUUAUUCUGAAUAGGACACAUUUUUCCGUCAUUCCAGUAUCGUAUUUAUUGAAUUAUUAAUUAUUAUUAUUAUUACGUCUGUUUCGGCCCCCAGCACCAAUGUUGGAUCAGAGAUAAGUAGUUGAAUAUAUAUUUAAAUAUUUAUUCCUGUAUUUUCUGUCAGUCGUGGUCUGACGUUCGCACCGGCUGCAGAUCCUUCCGUUUACGGUGGAACCAGAAAACUGGCUGGAAUUAAAGCACCUGAGAUCCCGGACGUUUACGGCGAAGGACGCCACCGUUUGGUGUUUGAAGGCGGAGACGGGGGAGUCUGAGUUCGCCUGCGAGGCUGAACUCAGGGAAAACAAGACACUACAGUUUACCCCCCAAAGCCGCCGUGUUGCAGUACCAGCUCUGACCACACGGGGGUGCCAGGCCGGCCCUGCUGCGU